AUGAACUCUGACAACGGGCCACAAUACGAUUCAGAUGAAUUUCAAACGUUCGCCAAAUCCUUUUGUUUCAAGCAAACUCGCACUAGCCCACACUAUUCUCAGUCGAACUGUAAGGCAGAAUCGGAGGUAAAGCAAUCCAUAAGGAUCCUGCAAAUGACAAGAGAUAGAGAAAGUGGCACCGAUUAUUAUCUGGCUCUUCUUAACAUUCGAAACACGCCGCAAGAAGGACAUAAAUCUAGUCCAGCCCAAAGAAUGAUGAAUCAACGUACGAGGACAACCCUUCCUACCUCAAAAAACCUUCUCAAACCCGGCGUGGCAGGAAACAUUGGUACAAACAUAGCCAAGAAACAGGUGAAACAACAACGUUAUUACAACAGAGGAGCAAAAACACUCGAGCAAUUGCACGAAGGCGACAGAGUUAAAGUCCAGGGAAGUUUGACCCCAAUCAUACGAAGUUGAAGCAAACGCCAGGAUAUAUAUUAGAAAUCGUAAGCAUCUACGCAAAUAAUUGCACACCAGCCCAGGAGUUGGAAGUCGAAGAAGAUGCAUACCUAUCAAUGCCAGAUUAUGGUCGAACCCGAAGGAGCACAACAAAAGAGAGACGAAACACAACCUCCAACCUCCGUGAAUUACCAGCGGAGCCAGAAGGAGACCAGGAAUAUAGGGUGCGCAGCGGGCGCGUGUCUAAAAGACCAGUAACAUUUGGCGAACUCGCAGUUCAGUAA